AGAGGGAAGACGGCGUGUUGGGGGUUUCCUCGGUCGCUGUGAGCCUCGCUGCUCCACGGACUCCGCGGGUAGAGCCCAGCAUGCCAGGCCACUACUGAGCAGAAGAAGCUGAGCCAUGCUGGAUCCAAGCCCUCCCUCUCUGAGAGCAGCGGCCGACUCCCUCAGAUAGCCAUGAACACCUGCAAGUACAAUGGCGGAGUGGUGAGACCACUAGUGGGCAGCCUGGCGUCCUCGUCGCGCCGCAACCUCGCGGAGCUCGACUCAGAGACCCAGCCCUUGCAGACGCUGAACAGCUCCGGACUGGAGGUGGUGGUGUCCAAGGGCGACGGCGGCGAAGACCCCAUCAAGGCAUCCAAUGAGAGCUUGGUCAGGGAGGGCAGCGGACGUAGUGGGUGCAGUGAGACGCAGAAGAAGAACAGGGACAUUGGCUACAGGCUCGGCCACCGGAGGGCGCUGUUUGAGAAGCGGAAGCGACUCAGCGACUACGCACUCAUCUUUGGGAUGUUUGGGAUUGUUGUCAUGGUGACAGAGACGGAACUGUCAUGGGGGGUUUACACUAAGGAAUCUUCAUACUCAUUUGCACUGAAAUGCCUUAUCAGCCUUUCCACUGUUAUAUUGCUUGGUCUUAUAAUAAUGUACCAUGCCCGGGAAAUCCAGCUGUUUAUGGUCGACAAUGGUGCGGACGAUUGGAGGAUAGCCAUGACCUAUGAGCGGAUAUUCUUCAUCGUGCUGGAGCUGCUGGUGUGUGCCAUCCAUCCCAUCCCGGGCCAGUACGUCUUCACCUGGACGGCACGGCUGGCCUUUACCUACACGCCAUCGGUGGCCGAUGCUGACGUGGACAUCAUCCUUUCCAUCCCCAUGUUCCUGAGACUCUACCUGAUCGGCAGGGUCAUGUUACUCCACAGCAAGCUGUUCACGGACGCUUCAUCUCGCAGCAUCGGCGCCCUCAACAAGAUCAACUUCAACACACGCUUUGUCAUGAAGACCCUCAUGACCAUCUGUCCAGGAACUGUUCUGCUGGUGUUCAGUAUAUCCUCCUGGAUCAUUGCUGCAUGGACUGUGCGCGUCUGUGAGAGGUAUCACGACAAACAGGAAGUGACCAGUAACUUCCUGGGAGCCAUGUGGCUCAUCUCGAUCACCUUCCUCUCCAUUGGUUAUGGGGACAUGGUACCACACACGUACUGUGGGAAAGGCGUGUGUCUGCUUACAGGGAUUAUGGGUGCUGGUUGCACUGCACUGGUGGUUGCAGUUGUAGCCAGGAAGCUGGAGCUGACCAAGGCUGAGAAACAUGUCCACAACUUCAUGAUGGACACACAACUCUGCAAACGAGUAAAGAACACAGCUGCCAAUGUACUCAGGGAAACAUGGCUCAUCUACAAACACACUAAGUUGGUCAAGAAGAUAGAUCACGCCAAGGUGCGGACACACCAGCGCAAGUUUCUCCAAGCCAUUCACCAACUGCGCAGUGUGAAGAUGGAGCAGAGGAAACUCAAUGAUCAGGCCAACACCUUGGUGGACCUGGCGAAGACCCAGAAUGUGAUGUAUGACCUGGUGUCAGAGCUGCAGGAGCGCAGUGAGGAGCUGGACAAGCGCAUCGCCACAUUGGAGGACAAGCUGGACACGGUGACGGGCAGCCUGCAGGCGCUGCCCUGCCUCAUCUCCCAAGCCAUAACCCAGCAGCAGCAGGAAUUCCUGGACGGCUUUGUUCACCGCUUUCGGCCCGCCUCACUAGCCUCAGAGCGCUCUGAACGCUCUGAGCGAUCCUGGACUUCCACCGCCCGCAGGCGGCGCUCUCCCUCCACAGCACCACACACCUCCUCUGAUAGUGGAUAACCUUCACGGACCCACUGCAAUCCCCUCCGAGACCCACCUUUCCCAAACCAACUCGCCACCUCAUUUUGUCAUAUCCAAAGCCGUCCACUGGCGAGUCCAUGUCUAGACUCAUAAUUAAUCCAUAUCUUGACCCCGGAUCUGAUCCAGGCCCCUAUUCUCUUCCCUGUCAUCAAAUCCAAAAACCAAUUCCUCUGUGACUGAGCCUCUCCACACAGGACUGGAUCAGAGCUACUCCAAAAGAACAAAGACUUAAAUCAAGACAACAAAUGGAUCCCAAAAAAAGAAAAAGAGAAAAAAAAAUGUAAAUGACUGAAAAACCGAGAUAAAGUAGAGAUAUGGUUUAUGUUUUAGCCAUUGUAUGGCUGUUCAAGUUAGCUUUUUUGUAAAAGCCCUUGUAUAGUUAAAAAAUGACUGAGUUCAGGGUCGCUGGGGUGAGAGCUGGCUAUCACACCGGAGAGUCCUUAACCGCGAGGGGGAAGUUGGUCUGUGGAGCCUCGGCUCACCUGCUGGUCCUCUGAGGCCAUGGAGGACAUCCCUCCACCCAUCCGUCUGUCUACCUGUUUGUCUGAAGAGGAGAGACAAACCAUUGGAUUUCCCUUCCAAAAGACUAUCGUGUCACGGAUUCUUUCCCAUAGGUUAGGGUGAAAGCUUUAGACGAGGCUACAAAAGCGCUGACUUGAGGUCAGUGUUUGAAAAUGCACUUACGGGGAAGAAGAAACUGUCACACAAAAGAAGAGCAAAGGGGAUGCUUAUGGCAUUACUACUGGGUAGGAAACAUGUACACAGUUGCCAACUUCAAGGUUUAAACUCCCUUGUUCUUACCGAGGGGAAAUGAGAGGGACUAUCUUUUUUAGUUACAUAUUGACGUGAUUUUUCAGUGCCUGAAUGUAUAAAUAGUAGAGGGUUAUUUAAUUACUAAUUUCUGAGCUUUUUUAUGAUGUUAUCAGUCUGAAUACGGCAUUGCAUUCCUUUUUCAGAUACAUUCCUCUCCAAAAAUUUAAAGAAAAUGUCUUAAUGUAAUGCAUAGCAUUGCCUCCAUUACACAGCAAAUCUAAAUGUUUUGAACAUUUUUAUUUCUUCGACACCGUCAGAAAUGAAAAAGUUCAGUGAAUAAGCAAAAGUGAAGUUGACAAAGAGAAUAUGUGUGUGUGUGUUUGUCAGAGAACAAGUUCACUUUUAGCUCAAUGCUGAACACUCACACACAACUAUGAAAUAUGUAGAAGUCUACCGUUCUCACCACCACUAAUUAGAGCUUCCUGUGGUCUUCAGAUAAUGGCAUGGCUUGAGGUCUGCUGCAUAUACGGCCACUCUAGCACUCUUCACUGGUCAGACUGAGACGCCAACCCUGCCCUUUGCAUGGUUCUGUGCAACAAUGACAAUGGAACACAAUCUUCCUCACAUGGCUGGAUGAUUUUACAUGAUUUACAUGUUUUGUUAUUUUAUGACGUUUAUUUUUGUUUGAUUGAUGCCUUUUUUUCUUUUAUUUAUUUCAACAUUUUACGAGGAUACCUAGGGUUUUUAUAGUUGCAGAACCUAGAGAGUUGCAUUAAUCUGAUUCUUCAAUCUUCCCCAUUUAAAAUGUAGAGGUGGAGAAAAAUCGCUCUGAAAAAAGUGCUGAAGGAACUUUAUUGAAUGGGUUCCUCUGCAAAUUUAAAAUGAAUAGUUUUUGGCAAUAUAAUUAUGAAUUUUAGCCGAAUGUUGGAUGAGAAGAUGGAUAGAUGGUAAAUAUGAAGCUACUGCUAGCAGCCGGUUAGCUUAGCUUCACUUAGCUACUUCUAAAACACAUUAUACCUUGUUUAUUUAAUCCAGGGGAAAAAACUAAAUUGUAAAUAAUUCAGUCACAUACUGGAGUCUACUCUGGUUGCCUGGCAACCUUUAUGGUGCCAACACAACUCUAGGAAAUAGGCCUCCCUUAAAACCUCAACUUGUCGUUUCUACAUUUAAGUGGAUUUUGUUACCUUUGUACGGAGACAGCCUCGAGGUUUUCUUACUUUUUGCUGUCUUUAUGUUAAGAUAAGCUAACCAGCUGCUCACACUUCAUUCGCAUUUCAUAUAUUUACGGAGAGUGGUAUCAAUUGUCUCAUCCAACUCUGAGCAAGAAAGUCAAUAAGCAUAUUUCCCCAAAGUGUCAAACUAUUCCCUUAACAUUGCCGUAUCAGGCCUCUGCGUUGUCUCUCGAAAAAACAUUGAACACAUUAACUUUGACAGAGGAGACAUUAGAAUAUUUAAAAUCUCCAAAGCAUGUUUGAAGCAUCCUUUGAAGCAUCCUAUAGUAGUGUGUUCUGAAAUAUUUAGGAUCUUUAAAGUCAUUUCUUUCCAAAGGUCAUAUAAAAAGCAGAGCAGGAAGUCUGCAGGUUAGCGGGCUAGCAUGCUGUCCCAACGUAGUUUGAAUGGUAGAUAAUCUGAGUCCCAAAAGGAUGUUAGUGCUAAAAGUCAUCUCUGUGACCCCUCAGGCAGACCGACAAAGAGGAUCAUUAUUAUUUGAUGCAUCUUAAUUAUUUCCAAACUGCUUUGGGUUGAAUCUGGGCGAAGUCUAAACCCUGCGGGAGAGGGCUCUGGACUGACCAGAGAGCACUUUACUAAAGAACAUAUUCAGUUUGCUGCAAGAGGAACUUAAUCAAGCAUGAGUAUUAGCUUUUUUCCUUUCAACUUGAGUUGAUGAAGCAUGACUCUUUACUGCCCCCACCUCCGGCCACUUCUCGUACAGUGCUACACCCUUCCGGUACGAAGGGAUCUAUCAUGCCAUUACAGUCUCCGUUUCAAUCAGGGUCAUCCAAUGAGUCAGCACGGCUAAUGGCCGACUAUCUUGAUUACGGCCUUACCUGCCUUUUCGAAUCUAAGGUUUGCAUCUCUUCAUUACACGGCAGGUUUCGCCUCUCAUUUGUCGUCUGUCAUUAAGAACGCCAGUCCCCCGUAGAGGCUUCUCAAAUGGCCUGCAGCAGAGAUCUUUGAGUGGUUUGAAUGGAAUAACGACCAAAUAGAAAGGAAGAAGCAGGGGAACCGCCAGCUCAUGUUCCAUGUUGCACUCAGAGUGGACUAUUCAUUUACACAAGAAAAGAUCACAGAUGCUGAAGUGUCCUCCCAGGAGAGAUGUGGAGGUGCUGGUGUUAAGGACCUCAUCCUUCUCCAGGCAGCAGGGGGAAGGCGAGAUGAGAAAAAAGAGCUGGGAGCAAUAGCUAAUUUACUGACACGUUGGUUUUGGCCCCCGGGUUGUGAACAGUGAGAGUGGUUGUCCUGUACAUAUAACCUCAUUGUAGAUGUCGCCAAGUAAACGGGACAAAUGAUGAACCUGGUUAAAGUAGCUGGGUGCAAUGCACAGCAUGUUGCAAGUGCAGUAGAAAAAAACAUUUUAGAAAGGAUACAAAGGAUUUGAAAUUCUGUCAAAUUAAAGAUUAUUUUUGAUUAAUUCGCACUUUGUUCUGCUGAUGGAGAUAUAAUCAGGUCCUGUUGUUUUUUUAUCCUAUUGUAAAGAUUAUGUUUCUUUUUCACUCCUUAUCCAACAAAGUCCUGCCAAUACACCAUUCCAAUAUUUAAUAGAGACACGAUUUUCUCCAGCAGAAAAUAAACAAUGCACAGUAUUUUGUAGUGAAGUGAGGGACAUUCAUGAUGUUAUUCUGAUGAUGGUAGAUGAGUCAAAGUGAUAAACACAUCCUAGAGUCUUUUAUUAUCCUGAAGAGUAGGCUUUCCUCAUAGAGCAGGAAUCAGAACAAACUUCGACUGAACAAUAACACAGUGAAAAACCCCAACAAGUGAAGAAAUGUAACCCAAUCAUUGUUCUGUGUACACUGCCACAUGAUGCAUAAUGUACGUAGUAGCGCUGGAUUAAAUCAAUUUUUAAUGGAUGGCAAAUGGGUUGAACGUGUUCUCUGUAAACUGUUUGCUGUUCCUUCAUUUUGCAGGUGAACUUUUGUCCUAGCAAGGAGAGACACCAAGGUCAAAUCAUUAAAGACUAUCUUCAGCUAUGA